CACAGCAGCAGCAGGGAGUGUAGCAUCUCCAUCCCCAGUGCGCGUCCAGACCGUCCUUCCCAGCAUGUUUGACGCUGGAGUGGGGAUCCUGCAGAGCUGGUUCUGUGCCUGCUGGGACAGCUCCUGGGUGAUAUACACCUGCGUCCUUCUGGUCCUGUUCAUCUGGGUGGCCAUGGCGAUGCAGCACAGCUUCUCCUGGAGAAGCAGGAUGGCUCUUCGGAGGAAGAGGACACACCGAAAGAAAAAGCAGAAACCGAAAGCUUUUGGGUGCUGUGAGGAAGAGCUGGAGGAGGCUGGUGCAUCCCUAGAGACAUGGCCGAGUGUGUCGACAUCUGCCACGAGCCAGUUCUCCUACUCCUCUAGGGAAUCCACCACCUCUCCCCUCUGGAGUCCCAGCUUCUUUUCCCUGAGAGAAGCCGCCAUGAUUCAGUCAGAGCCCCUCUGCCACACGGGGGAGAUCAUGCCUGUCGGGGGCUGGGAAGGAUCCGCUCAUCCCAUCCAAGCCCAGCCUCUCACCAGGCCUCCUGCCCACAGCAGACGAGACCGGCGAGAGCAGACCAUGGGUCUGGACCAGACGUCAGUCCGUGGCUUAGACUUCAACAUCCGCCAGAAGCAUCUGCAGAGUCAACUGGGGGCUCCUACCCCAUACACAGAGUCUCUUGCCAAGACGAUCCCUAACGUCCCUGCUCUGCGCCCACCGGACAGAGACCCCAGGGGGAAGUUCAACAUGAGCAGGGUCCCUUUCCUAAGCUGUGAAGUCCUGGAGGAACUGGACUGUCACGUGCACACAAAGAGACUCCAGCAUGAGCAGGGCUUACCCCUCACCCCCGAGAAACCCCACACAGCUCUUCUGCCUCCAGCUCCACAAACCCCCAUCCCGGGGGAGCCAUUGCUGGGUGAGCGGGACACCAAGCAGCAAUUGAUAUUAGACACAGAUCAGCCCAAAUGUGGAUUUCCAGCAAAGGUCCCUGAGCCCCUCAGAUCCAACACCAGCCCUCAGCGUGCACAGGCGAUCCAGGAGCCAUGUGUCUGCCCCUCUGGACCCCUGCCUCAAAGGGCCCACAGGAUCAUGGCAUCCCCUGAUGCCAUCCUGGCCAGGCUUGUGCCCACGGUGGUGGUCAAGCUGCAGGAACACAUUGCUCAGAAAUGCUCAGAGAUCCAAAUGGAGGCGUUCCCAAAGAUGGUGAGAGAGUCGCACAGAGAUGCUCCCCUCGUGAAAGAGACGGCAAUAGCAGAGAAGACGCUCACAGCCACACUCCACCACUAUAGGAGCGAGUUGAGAAAGCCCCUUACCAGUGUGAGCGGCACCAAAGGGACUGAAGAGAAGCUGGAGCUGCACAUGGAGAGGAAGUUUCUCUUGGGAGAAGGCUCUUGUCUGGGGCCAGGGGCACAGGCAGGUGAGGGCAGGGCUGCACACGACCUGCAGCUGAAGCACCUGAUGGAAAUGUUGAGCAGCUCACGCCCCUUGGUGGCCCAGGUCUCAGUCUGCCAGCAGUGCCGUAAGACAUAUCCAGGAAAGAUGAACGAGGAGGAAGGCGAAUGCAGCUCGGGGGAGUCACCGGAGGACAAGGUGAAUGGAAAAUACAUCACUCAGGGAGAUGCCUGUGAGAUCCAGAAAGAGAAGAACACAGCUGUCAUAACCCCUUGA